AUGACUAAGCUUGCGCUCCUCGUCCGAGGAACUGCACUACUGAUUUGUCUAUUGAUCUUCCAAGCAUCAUCCACUUCACAUGGCCAAGCGAGUGUAUCAGGAGUCUGCAUCGGCAGCGAGCGAGAUGCGCUUCUGUCCUUCAAGGCAAGCCUCCUGGACCCUGCUGGCCAUCUCUCGUCAUGGCAGGGUGAGGAUUGUUGCCAAUGGAAGGGAGUCUGCUGCAGCAACAGAACGGGCCAUCUCAUCAAGCUCAACCUCCGCAACAUCGACAUGGAAAUGGAAGACUACAUGGACAACAUGGGCUACUACAUGUACGACUACAACUACCCGAACAGGAGCGGAUCAUUGAGCUUGUCGGCAGGCGAGAUGAGCUCUUCUUUGGCGACUUUACAACACCUGAGUUAUCUUGAUCUGAGCUGGAAUGACUUCAACGGCACAAGCAUCCCUGUGUUCUUGGCUUCCCUCAAGAACCUAAGGUAUCUCAACCUCUCGUCGGCACGAUUCGGUGGGAGAAUAUCUUCCCAACUUGCCAAUCUCUCAAAAUUGGAAUAUCUUGAUCUCAGUGGGAAUUAUAACUAUUAUGAUGGAAAUAACUCUUACAUAGUGGAUCUUGCAUGGUUGCCACGUCUCUCUUUGUUGAGACAUCUUGACAUGAGUUAUGUGGAUCUUGGUUCUGCGAGGGAUUGGUUUCAGAGAGUUAAUAUGCUUCCUUCUCUUAAAGUGCUUCGCUUGUCCGACUGUACUGGACUCAAUGGUACCGUGUCUGCUAGUAUAUCAAUUUCCAACCUCACACAUCUCGAAGUCCUUGAUAUGUCUCAUAACACCUUCAGAAUACCUUCCCAAUUUGGAAAUCUCUCAAAGCUGCAAUAUCUUGAUGUGAGUUGGAAUUCUUAUCCCAAUGUGGAUCAUGCAUGGUUGCCACGUCUCUCUUCGUUGAGCCAUCUUGACAUGAGUUAUGUGGAUCUUGGUUCUGCAAGGGAUUGGUUUCAGAGUGUUAAUAUGCUUCCUUCUCUUAAAGUGCUUGGCUUGUCCGGUUGUAGACUCAACAGUACCAUGUCUGCUAGUAUAUCACUUUCCAACCUCACACAUCUCGAAGUCCUUGAUAUGUCUGGUAACAACUUCUAUACUUCACUCAAGCAUGCAUGGUUUUGGAAUCUCAUAGGCCUUAAGGAGCUUGACCUCUCAGAUUCUGGUUGGAAAGGGUCCAUUCCUAGUGAUUUGGCAAACAUGUCAUCCCUUCAAGUCAUCGACUUCAGUUUCAAUCAGCUCGUGGGUUUGCUACCAAACAAAUUAGGAAAUUUGUGCAAUUUGACCAUAAUGAGGUUUAGUGGUAACAACAUAGGUUCGAGCAUAGGGGAGUUCAUGAGGCGAUUACCAAAGUGCUCAUGGAAUACAUUGCAAGAAUUUUCAGUGCAGGAUGCAAAUAUGACCGGGAAUCUACCCGGUUGGAUUGGUAACAUGACCAAUCUCAUUGUUCUUCAUGCAUCUGAAAACAUGUUGUGUAGCCCUCUACCUGUAGGAGUUGGAGCACUGAGUAAUUUGAAAUGGCUGAACCUCAGGAACAAUAACUUCAGUGGUGUGCUCUUGAAAGAACAAUUUGCAAGCUCAGAAAAAUUAGAGGUGUUGGACCUCAGCCACAAUAACUUCAGCGGUGUGCUCUUGAAAGGACAAUUUGCAAGCUUAGGCAAAUUAGAGAUUUUGGACUUCAGCUACAAUAACUUCAGCAGUGUGCUCUUAAAAGAACAAUUUGCAAGUUUAGGCAACUUAAAGUAUUUGGACCUCAGCUAUAAUAACUUCAGUGAUUUUCUCUUGAAAGGACAUUUUGCAAGUUUAGGUAAUUUAAAGAUUUUGGACCUCAGCCAUAAUAAAUUAGAUAGAGUGCUCGUGGAGGAGCAUUUUGCAGGCCUAUUGAAUUUAGAGUAUCUGGACUUCUCGUACAACUCUGUGAUAGCUAUCAACCAAAAAUGGGUUCCUCCAUUUAGAUUGAAGGUUGCGAAGUUUCAAUCAUGCCAACUAGGACCCAUUUUUCCGGAGUGGCUUAAAUGGCAAACUGAUAUUGAUGUUCUUGUUCUUAGUGAUGCAAAUCUGGACGAUGUUAUUCCUGAUUGGUUUUGGAUGACAUUUUCCCAAGCUUCAACCUUGCAAGCAUCAGGAAACAAAUUGUGUGGCUCAUUACCGACAAAUCUACAACACAUGUCAGCUGAGUAUAUACAUCUGGGGUCGAAUAAGUUGACAGGUCAAGUUCCACAGUUGCCUAUACAUAUAAGCCAACUGGACCUAUCUUCAAACUCUUUAUCUGGGCCAUUGCCAUCAGAGCUAAAUGCUCCUGCACUCGAAGAUUUGAUGCUUGCAAAUAAUCAAUUCACAGGCACCAUCCCUUCAUCUAUAUGCCAAUUGACUAGUCUGUUAAGGUUGGACCUAUCAGGAAACCAUUUAGAAGGAGAUAUUAUGCAGUGUUGGAAGGAAUCUGAUGCAAACUCUACAAAUCUGUUUGGUUGGAACAUGUUCAGCUUAGCCCUAAAUAACAACAAUCUGACCGGUCAAUUCCCUAAAUUUCUUGCAAGGUCAUCACAAUUGAUGUUCCUUGACCUUUCUUACAAUAGGUUAUUUGGAGGAUUGCCAGAGUGGUUGCCAGAAAAAAUCCCACAGUUGAGAAUAUUAAGAGUAAGAUCAAAUAUGUUCAGUGGUCAUAUUCCUAAGAGUCUCACUUCCCUUCACCGUCUUCAUUAUUUGGACAUAGCACAUAACAACAUAUCAGGAAGCAUACCGUGGUCUUUGUCAAACUUGAAGGCAAUGAAGGCAGUGGUGUCACAGGACACGAACUAUAACUUCUACGAAGAUAGCAUCCAAAUAAUCAUGAAGGAUCAAAAGCGUGACUACACCUUUGCGAUCUACAAGCUACUGGUAAUUCUUGAUUUGUCAAGUAAUAGGUUGGCGGGACAGAUUCCAGAGGAGAUAACUUUACUCAUUGGGCUUACCAAUCUGAACUUGUCAAAUAAUCAACUCACAGGAGCAAUCCCAAACCAAAUUGGUGAUUUAAGGCAGUUGGACUCACUCGACCUGUCCUUCAAUGGGUUUUCUGGUGCAAUACCAUCAAGUUUGUCAGCUUUAAGUUAUUUGAGCCACUUGAACUUGUCAUACAACAAUCUUUCCGGUGUGAUACCAUCAGGACAACAACUACAAGCUCUUGACAACCAGAGGUAUAUCUACAUUGGCAACCCUGGUCUUUGUGGAGAUCCUGUUGGCAGGAACUGCUCAACACAUGAUGCAGAGCAAAGUGGCCUCGAAGAUAUAGAUCAUAUGCCAUCUGUUUAUCUUGCCAUGAGCAUUGGAUUUGUGGUGGGUCUGUGGACAGUUUUCUGCACCAUGUUGAUGAAGAGAACCUGGAGGGAAGCCUUCUUCCAGUUUGUUGAUAUGAUGUACGACAUGGUUUAUGUGCAAGUGGCUGUAAGGUGGGCUCACAUGAUGGAGAAAACUCAAGACGGUGCACCAUGA